UAACCAGGAAGACACUGUUUUCACUAAUUUUGCAGCUGAAAUACUCGAUUAAAACCCUAUUUGGGUUGAAGGAAAUAUACUUUUUCUUUCACUAUGUGACGACUAUGGCGUCCCUUGCGAAGAAAAUCAAAACCAAACUCUCCUCAACAAAACAUGGCAGAUACACUUUGGACACCGCACAGUCAACGCCGAAUGUCUUGCUUCAAAACAUCAGCCAUCAGGUCGACACGCACGAAACCCUUUAUAGCGAUAGUGGAGGGUUAACAACUGCCGAGAAACGUGGUGGGGAUGACGUGAAUGUCACAGGAAAUGGUUUCAUCGCGGGAGAAAAUGAGUCGGAUGACUGUGGAGACGAGGUCGUGCAGGAUGUCGAAAUUGAUGCUGUGGACAAGGUUUCAGCUUCUGUUUCGAAAGAGAAAUUGAAAACAAUUGAGGUCGAUUCUGGUAUUAUUGGAUUAAAAAGUUCUGGAAGCGGUCCCCCUGAUAUGAUACCUUCUUGUCAAGUGUGCGUUUUAGAUGAUGCUGAAGUUUCCUCGAGUGAGAUUGGGAGUCAGGAAGACUUAAAAUCCGGUCAUGCCGUUGGGACAGGAAAACCCAGGGAAAACGAUACUGCUACUACGAUAUGGUAUAUUGGCGUGGAAACAAGCCAACCGUCUGACGUGACCUAUGAUUCCUUGACAGACGUAUCUGCUCCAUUUUCUCAAGCAAAGGCGUCUGCUAUUUGGUACGAUUCCGAAUCUGAGACAAGAGCUGCAGUCCGAACCUCUGUCGAUUCGGGCUACGAGAAAUCCCCCGACCCAACGCUUGAACCGUCGAUGCCGUCAACAUCAAAUCUGCUUCCUGAUAUGUCCACUACCUCAACUGAUGAUUUGAAAUCCAAAACUUGUCUUGCGUCCGAAAACCUUGAUUCCUCAUCAGUGCAAAUACGUGAUAGGAUUGAGAUUUGCCAAUCGGUCGACUGCAACUCAGAUGUUCCAAAACUCAACGCUGCCCCGGAAUCUGACCUGGUCAGUUCUGCUGAGGUUCAAAAUACACCCGGCUCUAAGAAUUUAGCAGGAGUUUCCUGCAAACUUGAUUCCAAACCGCCAAGUCUGACUUCAGGAUUUAAGAUACUAACUCAAAUUUCUGCUGAAUCCGGAUCUAACGACUUAAUACAAACUGACCCUGGAUUGAGGAGCAAACCACUGGAGUCUGCUGACAUACCUGAUAAAGAUAAAACUCGAACACCUGUCGUGGAGAAUGUACUAUGUAGUUCAGUGGCUACAACUACGAGUAGUACACCUGGUCGUAAAUAUAGCCCAGCGGUGGAUGACUGGGGUAACAGUCGAAGACAGAUGCAGGAAAUGGCUGGUAAAAAUAGCCAGGGGAAUUCUGGUGCAGAUAACUCGUUACAGAAUACUAGAAAUGUAGUAGUAAUGGUUCCUAGUGGAAUUCCUGAGAAUCUUUCAGAGACUGCGGAAACCGCACAACGGUCUUAUAGCAGCCGUGAAGACCUUGGUGGAAUUUUGAAUUCUGCCACCAAAGGUAGCAGCGUUAUGAAUGAAGCCAGUUCAAGAUCAUGUGGUCAGUCUUGCAGAGGAGAGCUCAGUGGAUAUCGUCAAACUGACGCCGCAAAUGACUCUGAAGUACUACUUUAUAUAACUGAAGACGAAGAGGACAUUUCUACCAAGGAGAAGUCUGUAGAGUUAUCUCGGGAAACAUUUGAUGAAAUCGCUCGUGAAAUGUGUAAAGGGGGUGCUAAUAGUAAUACUAUGGACAAGACUGGCCAAGAAUCUCCAGAGGACAAUGGGCUAGUCUUGUCAACCGAUCCAGAAAUAAAUGAAAUUGUGAAAAACUAUGAUAAUGUUUUCUUCAAAAAAACUGGGAAUAAGUGCAUUAUUGCCAUUGGGGAUGAACCGCUGAGUACGGAAAACAUUGAUAAUUUGGAAAAAGAGACGAAGAUUCUGAAUCUUGACAACUGCAGGGAUCCAAUUUCUGAAAAUCCGUCGAGCUUUCUCGCAUCUCGUGAAACUGUUUCAUCCACAGAGUUUGUUCAAUUGCCGGACAAAGAACUUUUUGGCUCUUCUGACAAUUCCGGCCAGCAAAGUGAUGAAAAUAACCUAGAAUGUUUUGACGAGCUGGACGGCAAUCUAGUGAGGGAAGGCAGUGACACUUGUUCAGGGAGUACUGAGAAACUUGGGAGUUCUCCCAGCAAGUGGAAUGGAUGUUCAGCGGGUACACCUAAAGUUGAUUGCAGUCUAGAAAGUGAUAAACUUCAAAAUCGUUUUGAGGAUAUCUCUACCAGUGGAGUUGGAAAUGAUGGCAAGGUUGAUUCAAACAUGGAAAGUUGUGGAAAACUUGACAGUAGCAUUGAGAGCCAGGGCGACCUACCGAAGAUCAUUUUUGAGAUGGAUGAAGAUAAGAUAGGUGGCGGGCCUGUGUCAUGUCCGUUUGUACCAGGUAGGAGAAAAUCUGGAUCGUGUUGUUGUCCGUGCCACACCAAGGCUGCUGACUCUGAUUUAAAAUCCUCAGGCAACAAUGUGAUGAAGAAACUAGUAACGCGGUCCUCUUCAGAUGAACCGAUGAAACGUUGCGUCGGUGCUGAGGGAUUGAACAGUGUGGGAAGCGCAUGUUCAAGCCUGUCUGAGCCUGCUGAGCUGAAUAAUCUCGGUCAGGGCGGUAAUAAUCCUGAGCGAGUUGACCACGUGUUGGACUUAUCAAAAAUUGAUGGAUGUUCCAAAUUUGGUGCUCACUUGGGUCAUUCAUUGCCAUUGGGAUCAAGUAUUUGGAAUGAUCUGUCAGGUAAUUUAGACUCAUUGUCAAAACCAUGCAGCUGUCCUGAACUAUCUCUGAAUAAUUUGGAUUCUCCACCUCCGACUGUCGAACGGCGGCAGAUUACUGACCCUCUCCCGCCGUUACCCCCUUCUGAUGCCCCGAAUAUACCUCAAGCUGCUGUGUCCAAUCUUUCAAAAGCCGCACAGGUACCAAAGUUUGGACAGUUUGCUUGCGGACACAAAGUACCUUUGCGACCCGCAAAGCCUGGCAAAAAAACUGGGAAAUUUGUGACAUCUUCUGGUCUCCAGAAUGAGACGUAUGCAUGGCUCAAAGAUGUUCGUGUCGAAAAAGCACUCACUACGCCACAAGUACGAUAUAUGCGUACAAAACCAGCAGCUCCUCCAAGUGGCAGGAGGGGGAACUCAAUGUACUGUGAUAAUCGUACAUACAUCGAUACCUGUGAUAUUAAUGUAGGUGGCAGCACUGCAUGUAACUGUGAUUCUGGGCGAAGUAGGUACGUGCCGUCAAGAAAGACAUUAGAUGAUGUUCCGCCCCCUGUGCCAAAGCGUAAUUACUCGUUAUACUCAGCUAGAACCAGGCCGAAUGUUCAAGAAGAUACUUCAUCAAGUGAUAGCGAUUCUAGUAGCAGCGCAAACUCCUUGGACAAUUUGCCAAACUUGAAUCGGAAAAAACACGCAAUUCCGAACGAGUACAUAGACAGUGAUGAGUUUCCACGAUCGCCCGCUUCAAAUGAGGACUUGCGGCGCUGGGAGGAUGCGUUGUCAUUGCCGACGGAGCCUGACGAUCCUGAGAGCGCUACUCUGUUCCAUAUUCACAACUCAAUCUGCGACAUGUGCCGAUUACGAGGCCAGGUGAAGAAGCUUCAUUCGCCAAGUAAACAGAUAGUAACGCCUGGACUGCGCCCGCAGAGCUCCGGGAGUCUUCAUCCAUUAUGCUUCAAUAGGGAUGAUGUAAAAUUCAUUCGGACAAGUGGCCAACAGUUGGACCCGGGGACAGGGCGACCAAUGAAUCCUCAGAGGACAUUUUAUGAUUCUGAUUCAGAAUCAGAUAGUGGCAUUGGGACUGAACUUCCAAAAAGUCGAAGUAGUAGUAGUGGUGAAAUGACAAGGUUUGAUCGGUAUAAUCAAAAUGUACUAAAGCCAAAUCCGAAUAUGCUAUAUGCGCAGUCUCAAAAAGCAAAAUCAUUGCCUCAGAAUUUUGCCAAUAAGACGUAUACAUCCGAUGCAAUUUUCCACGAAAGUGCAGACAAAUCAGGGCAGAAAAAAAAGGACGUGGUUACGGGUAUUCCUGGGCAGAAACCACCGCCGGUACCCAAAAGAAAUUAUUCAUUCAAGCACCACUCCGUAAUACAAACAGUUGCCAAGAAUCCACCACCUCCAGUCCCGAGGAAAGCAGCGACGCGGAGUAUGAAAACGCGCUCAUUUUCGGACGAGGACUUGGCGAAUGAACCGAUUCAUAUGUCACUCCAGGAAAUGGGGUUGGAAGAACCCGCACUUGAGUUGCGGGCAUCCAAGGAAAGGAAUAAUCGUCCGGAUCAACUGCUGCGUCCUCUGAGCUGUAGUCGGACACAGCCUUACUCACGCCAUUCGGUUCCAUCUGGAAUGGCCUUCGUGGACCCGCCGCCUCCAAAACAAAAAUCGGAAUCCGGAAAAACUGAAAAUACCGACUCUAGUGACGAUAGUUCAAAAGACAAACCACCACAUGUUCCGCCAAGAGAGAAAAAGAAAAACCCGCUAACCGCCCUCUUCAAACCGAAACAGAAACUUGGGAGCUUUUUUCAUCGGAAGGGCAAGGAGGGGAAGGAGAAGACAUCACAACCGAAGCUGCCCCAUCGGAGUCCGCCCCCGGAGCCGGAACAGGAAGUGAUGUUCUGUCCGGAAGGUGGAGAGUUGACAUAUGGUGCCUGCGGCGGGCUGAAAGAUAUUGAUGAAGACAAACAGAACUCAAGCAACUUCAUUGAGAGUCUCCUCAGGUUACGAGAGGUUGGCUGGUACUGGGGGCCAUUCAAUCUUGAAGACGCCGAAGCAAAAUUGACGAAUAAGAAAGAUGGAUCGUUUUUAGUGCGGGAUAGCUCACACGACAGCUACAUCCUGAGCUUGAGCUUUCGUACGGCGGGAAGGACACACCAUACGCGGAUAGAGCAUUGUCAUGGUACUUUUGGCUUCUGGUCCCAGCCCAUCUCCCACGGCCGAAUGUCCAUCAUCGAGUUCAUCGAGCGAGUUAUGGAAUUCUCCCGCAACGGAAAGUUCCUCUACUUCCUCCGUCCACAUGCGCCUGGGCACCCGCCCCUGCCAGUCGCCCUGCUGUAUCCGAUAUCCCGCUUUGAAGUCAUGCAGUCGCUGCAACACACGUGCCGCUUCGUCAUAUUAAGACACGUACGUUACGAUCAUAUCGAACAGUUGCCACUUCCUGGGCCGAUGAAACGAUACUUGAAGGAGAAGAAAUAUUUCACGGAGAAACCGGAUGAUGAAAGUGAAGAGGAUUAGGAGUGUUGAAUGACCUUUAAGUGCUGAUUUAUUAGAAAGCAAACAUGAUGCCAGAUUAAUAAAAUUAGCAUCAGUUUUUUUUGCGUUCGGUGCAAGUCUGGCCAGUGUUACUCUGUUUACUUUUAAUUGUCGAAAAGGUACAGCUAAAAUGCAUGACUAUAAGUGCUCUCCUUAUUUGGUAAUGUUGCGGUAUGUAAAAUUGUCGUUAAAAUAUAAACAUCAGAAUUGUGAUGACUUUAAUCUCAUAGUCUUCUGUCUAUAAUUGGAAAUGCACUGACCCUUGUGACAAGGAAUCCACCUUUCGAUUGAACUGUUGGAAUGUAUCAAGAGUAAAGGGUUGACUGAUAUCAGCUUCAUAUGUGGUGUCUCACGUGCUUUCUUUGCAUCUCAAAGGGUAAACGGUAACUGGGUAUAGUAUAUUAUUUCUUAAGAGAUAAGCCCGUUAUUGCUAUGCAUAAGAUCUGCGUAAGUACCUGUAGUAUGGAAACAUCUGAAAAUAUUCAAAUUAUAACCUUCAAAUUGUCCUAAAACGUCCUUAAUUUGAGCACAAUUAUCCCUGAAAAUCCUUAAAUUGAAAAAAGGAAAAUCCUUAUUUUCAUAAUUUGCAUGAAGAAAGAUUGCAUGCAAAAAUAUUGUUUAUUGUAUAUAAAUAAGUCGGUAUAAAAUAGCUGUUGGUGUCUGAUCAGGCGAAGUCUGCUCCAAAAUAGGCCUGCAUCCAUGUCGUUUUAUUCGAGGGUUAUUACAUGUAGGUCUUUCAGUGGGGCCAUAAUAUACGGGAUGUUCUUGUGAAUACCGGUAGCCUAUCCUUUCUGCACUAUAAAAGUAGGACCAUACUUACCGGAGGUCCACAAAAGGGUACUAGUAGGACUAAAUAGGCCCUGGUCCCACCUUUAUGUUUUCACUAAAUUGAUGAACAAAUAAAUGAAAAGGUGAGUGAUGAAUUUGAAAACGUUUGUCAGUUCAUUCAAAUUGAAGGUAUCACUACGUUACAAAUCGCAUUGAAUCAACGUUUGCGAUAUUCUGAAAUCUUGAAUUUUUCAUGUGAUAUCACAAAAUCAGACUUUUCUUGAAGUCGGUGUUAAGGUGAGAUCUUUGUAAACCUAAUAUAUUGGAGUCGGAGUACAGCCUCCGUUAUCUCCGGAUGGCUUUGUGUAAAUGAAUGCAGUGACUGCAUUAAUGUGUACAUUAGCUGUAUAAAUGUAUUAUAAAAUGUAAUUGUGACAUUAUGACCAGAAUUGAAUAUACAUGUAAGUUUAUGUAUAUAUUGUACAGUUGCUUCGCUUGUUAAUAAAACGUUAACAAGAU